AUGCUGUACACCCGUACCGUCCUGGGCCUCCUGGCCCUAUUUCACGCUGCGGGCGUGCUUGCCAACACGCCUAUCCUUCCUCGUGACGACUCGCACGGACCCGAGCAGCCGGACACCGCGCCGAACCUGCCGGAAAUCCCCCAGGUGCCGUUCCUGGGCAACGACUCGAUGCCGUACAGCGCGCCGUUUUACCCUUCGCCCAACACCUCGACGCGCGGCUGGUGGAAGGAGGCCGUGGAGCGCGCGCGCAGCGAUGUCGACAAGCUCAAUGUGACGGACCUCGUGGCGCUCGUGACGGGCGUCGGCUACGGCAACGGCCGCUGUGUCGGCAACAUUGCCGCUGUGCCCAAGAUCGGCUUCGAGGGCCUGUGUCUGCAGGACUCGCCCGCGGGCCUCCGCCAGGUCGACCGCGCCACCGCAUUCCCAGACGGCAUGACGACCGCCGCGACCUUUUCCAAGGAGCUCUUUUACGAGCGCGGCGUCGCCAUGGCCCAGGAAUUCCGCACCAAGGGCGCGCAUGUGCAGCUCGGCCCUAUGAUCAACGUCGCACGCUCGCCGACGGCCGGACGCAACUGGGAGGGCUUUGGCGCCGAUCCGUACGUGAACGGCGAGGCGGCCUUCUAUACGACGCUCGGCAUGCAGUCGCAAGGCGUCCAGGCUACGCUGAAGCACUACCUCGCCAACGAGCAGGAGCAUUUCCGCAACACCGGCUCGUCGAACCUCGACGGCCGCACGGAGCGCGAGCUGUACCUGCACCCCUUUUUGCGUGGUAUCCAGGCAGGUGCCGUCUCGGUCAUGUGUGGCUACAAUCUCGUGAACAACUCGUGGGCGUGCCAGAACUCGGAGCUGCUCAAUGCGCGCCUCAAGACCGAGCUUGGGUUCCAGGGCUACGUCAUGACCGACUGGGGCGCGCACCGCUCGGGUGUCGCCUCGGCCAACGCCGGCCUCGACAUGUCGAUGCCGGGUGGCACGUCAUGCUGCGAGUUCAAUCUUACCUCGAGCUACUGGGGUCCGAACCUGACCGACGCGGUGACCAACAGCACGGUGGCCAAGACGCGUCUCGACGAUAUGGCGACGCGCGUCCUCGCCGCGUACUAUUUCCUGCACCAGGACAAGGAAUAUCCCAAGGUCAACUUUGACUUUAUCGACCACCUCAACCCCGCGACGAACGAGGCGGUGGAUGCGACGCAGGACCACGACACGAUCGCACGCACAGUCGGCGCCGCGGGCUCGGUCCUCCUCAAGAACGAGCGUAAUGCGCUGCCGCUGCACAAGCCGCGCAAGAUCGCCGUGAUCGGUGCCGACGCCGCGCCGAUGCUCCUCGGCCCGAACUACUACACGGACCGCAUCGGUCCCCCGUCGAGCAUUGUUGGCCAGGGCUGGGGCUCGGGCACGGUCGACUACAGCUACUUGAUCUCACCGUACGAGGCGCUCCAGCACCGCGCACGCAAGGACCGCACCGCGAUCAACUGGUCGCUGGAUGACUACGACCUGAAGAAUGCGCAGACGGUCGCCAACUACACGGACGCCGCGCUGGUCUUUGUCACGUCGCUUUCCGGCGAAGGCUACGGCACGGUGCCCCAGGCGCCGGACGGCAACAUGGGCGACCGCAACAACAUGACGCUCUGGAACGGCGGCGAGGAGCUCGUCAAGGCGGUCGCUGCGAUGCACAACAACACGAUCGUCGUCGUGCACUCGGUCGGCGCUGUGCUCAUCGAGGACUGGAUCGAGCACCCGAACAUUACUGCGGUCGUGUUUGCCCACCUCGGCGGCUCGGAGAGCGGCAACAGUAUCACGGACGUGCUCUACGGCGAGUACAACCCCGCCGGCCGCCUGCCGUACUCGAUCGCAAAGAAGCGCGAAGACUAUGGCGCAGAAGUCUUGUACAAUGACAAGGCGCCGCACCCCCAGGUCAACUAUACCGAAGGCCUGCUGAUCGACUACCGCCACAUUGACGCAAAGCGCAUCACGCCGCGCUUCGAGUUCGGGUUCGGCCUGUCCUACACCAACUUUAGCUACGCCGACCUGGACGUGGACCGCGUCGACGGCAAGCACGGUGGCACCUGGAACGGACGCUGGCACGGCAAGCGUGCGCCGGACGGCCUGCCGGACUGGCUCUUUGAGCCCAUGUACAACAUCUCCUACUCGGUCAAAAACACGGGCGAGCGCGACGGCCACGAAGUCCCGCAGCUGUACCUCGCCUUCCCGCCCUCGAGCGGCGAGCCCCCCCGUGUGCUCCGCGACUUUGAGCGCGUGUGGGUGCCCAAGGGCAAGACCGUCUCUCUCUCUCAUACGCUCAGCCACUACGACGUGUCAGUCUGGAACACGACCCAGCAGCAGUGGCUGCAGCCCGAGGGCCGCAUCGAGGUGCUUGUCGGCGCGUCGUCGCGCGACAUUCGCCUGAAUGCGACUCUCUACGAUCCAUAA